CUCUGGAUGGCAAAUGGUUCAAUCGAAAAGUUCUGGGAAUAAAUCAUGCCAGCCAGUAUGUUCAAAGCCCUGUGUUAAUGGGACAUGCAUAGCCCCUGAAAAAUGCGAAUGCAAAAAGGGUUAUGUCAAGUUAGAUAACUAUAGCUGCAAGCCGUUCUGCUCAAGUGGCUGUCCCCAUGGUAAUUGUGUUGCACCCGAAACUUGUGAUUGCGACUCAGGAUGGCAAAUGGUUCGAUCGAAAAGUUCUGGGGAUAAAUCGUGCAAGCCAGUAUGUUCGAAGCCCUGUGUUAAUGGAAGUUGCAUAGCCCCUGAAAAAUGCGAAUGCAAAGAGGGCUAUGUUCAGUCAGACACUUACAACUGCAAGCCUUUCUGCUCCAGUCGAUGUCCCCACGGCAGAUGUUUUGCACCAGAAAUAUGUGUCUGUGACCCAGGAUGGCAAAUGGUUCAAUCGAAAAGUUCUGGCGAUAAGUCUUGCCAGCCUAUUUGCUCCAAUCCCUGUGUUAAUGGAAGUUGCAUAGCCCCUGAAAAAUGCGAAUGCAAAAAGGGUUAUGUCAAGUUAGAUAACUAUAGCUGCAAGCCGUUCUGUUCAAGUGGCUGUCCCCAUGGUAGUUGUGUUGCACCCGAAACUUGUGACUGUGAUUCAGGAUGGCAAAUGGUUCAAUCGAAUGGGUCUAUGGAUAAGUCUUGCCAGCCUAUUUGCUCAAAGCCCUGUGUAAAUGGGACGUGCGUAGGCCCUGAUAAAUGCGAAUGCAAAAAGGGUUAUGUCAGGUUAGAUAACUACAGCUGUGGACCAUUCUGCUCCAGUCGAUGUUCCCAUGGAACUUGUAUUGCUCCAGAAACUUGUGUCUGUGACCCAGGAUGGCAAAUGGUUCAGUCGAAAAGUUCUGGGGAUAAGUCUUGCCAGCCAGUAUGUUCAAAGCCCUGUGUUAAUGGAAGUUGCAUAGCCCCUGAAAAAUGCGAAUGCGAAAAGGGUUAUGUCAAGUUAGAUAACUACAGCUGUGGACCAUUCUGCUCUAGUAAAUGCUCGCAUGGAACUUGUGUUGCUCCAGAAACUUGUGUCUGUGACCCAGGAUGGCAAAUGGUUCAAUCGAAAAGUUCUGGGGAUAAGUCUUGCCAGCCAGUAUGUUCAAAGCCCUGUGUUAAUGGAAGUUGCAUAGCCCCUGAAAAAUGCGAAUGCGAAAAGGGUUAUGUCAAGUUAGAUAACUAUAGCUGUGGACCAUUCUGCUCUAGUAAAUGCUCGCAUGGAACUUGUGUUGCUCCAGAAACUUGUGUCUGUGACCCAGGAUGGCAAAUGGUUCAAUCGAAUCUCUCUGCGGAUAAGUCUUGCCAGCCUAUUUGCUCAAAUCCCUGUGUUAAUGGAAGUUGCAUAGCCCCUGAAAAAUGCGAAUGCAAAAAGGGUUAUGUCAAGUUAGAUAACUAUAGCUGCAAGCCGUUCUGCUCAAGUGGCUGUCCCCAUGGUAGUUGUGUUGCACCCGAAACUUGUGACUGUGAUUCAGGAUGGCAAAUGGUUCAAUCGAAUGGGUCCAUGGAUAAGUCUUGCCAUCCUAUUUGCUCAAAGCCCUGUGUAAAUGGGACGUGCGUAGGCCCUGAUAAAUGCGAAUGCAAGAAGGGUUAUGUCAGGUUAGAUAACUACAGCUGUGGACCAUUUUGUUCCAGUCGAUGUCCCCAUGGUAGUUGUGUUGCUCCAGAAAUAUGCAGCUGUGACCCAGGAUGGCAAAUGGUUCAAUCGAAAAGUUCUGGGGAUAAGUCUUGCCAGCCUAUUUGCUCAAAGCCCUGUGUUAAUGGGACAUGCAUAGCCCCUGAAAAAUGCGAAUGUAAAGAGGGCUACGGUCAGUCAGAAUCCUACAACUGCAAGCCUUUCUGCUCCAGUCGAUGUCCCCACGGCAGUUGUGUUGCCCCAGAAAUAUGUGUCUGUAACCCAGGAUGGCAAAUGGUUCAAUCGAAAAGUUCUGGGGAUAAAUCGUGCAAGCCAGUCUGUUCAAAGCCCUGCGUUAAUGGGACAUGCAUAGCCCCUGAAAAAUGCGAAUGCAAAGAGGGUUAUAUCAGGUCAGAUAACUACAGCUGUGGACCAUUCUGCUCCAGUCGAUGUCCCCAUGGAACUUGUUUUGCUCCAGAAACUUGUAUCUGUGACCCAGGAUGGCAAAUGGUUCAAUCGAAUGGCUCUGUACAUGAGUCUUGUCAGCCUAUUUGCUCAAAGCCCUGUGUUAAUGGAAGUUGCGUAGCCCCUGAUAAAUGCGAAUGUAAAAAAGGUUAUGUAAAGUCAGACACCUGCAGCUGCAAGCCUUUAUGCUCAAGCGGCUGUCCCCAUGGUAGUUGUGUUGCACCCGAAACUUGUGACUGCGACCCAGGAUGGCAAAUGGUUCAAUCGAAUGGCUCUGUGAAUAAAUUUUGCCAGCCGAUGUGUUCAAAGCCCUGUGAGAAUGGAACAUGCGUGGCCCCAGAGACUUGUGAAUGUCUUCCUGGUUAUAUGAAGCUAGGUUAUAUUUGUCAGCCGGACUGUGGAGAUCGGUGUCUGAAUGGUAUCUGCACGAGUCCUGGUAUUUGUUCGUGCAAUCCGGGAUGGUACAAAAGUGACUUCAAUGGUACGUGCGUGGCAGAUACGCCAGAAGUUGGUGCAAGUGAGGAAAACUGGGUGCUGUCUAACUGGAUAUACAUCUUAGCCGUUGUAAGCUCCGUAUUAUUGGUGAUAAUCAUGGCGUGUCUUAUAAUAUAUUUCAAAAGGAAGAACCCCAAGAUUGAUGAAUCCGUGGAACUUCCAGCUCAAGAAAUAAAGUCAAAAUUUAUAAGUAAGAAGAGACAGGCGUACAACAUUAGCAGUCAAAAUUCAGAGCUUUAAUAUUUAUAAUAUACAAACUCAGCAUUUUUCGAAAGUCAAAAUCAAAAGAACGUUAAUAAUAAUAAUAAUCUAGGUAG